GACCCACAAAAGAUUUUUUUCUAUCAAAGUGUGUUUUCUAAGAUCCAUUUAUUUACUUCUUAGAUUCCAUCCAAUACUGUGUGCGCAAAUAUUCAAAUAUAUUAUAUACAUGAGGUGUGAGAUUUUGUAAUGGUGAAAUGAAUCAGCAACAAAAAAAUGGCAGAGGAGGAGGAAGUCAUAGAGAAGCUUGAAGAGUACACCAAGAACGCAAGGCAUCACCAACUUGAGACUCUACGUUCAAUCCUUCAACAUAAUGCAAAAGUGCUCUAUCUCAAACCAUUUCUCUCUAAUCUUCAUCAUGAUCUUGAUGCUGAUACUUUCAGAAGUUUAGUUCCUCUGUCUUCCUUUGAAGAUUAUGCUGACUACAUCAACCAUAUGGCAGAACAUGGAACACAACAUGAUUCUCCUCUUCUCUCUGUUGAUCCUCUUCUUGGCUUCUUUUACAGCUCUGGAACUGCCACCAUGAAACCAAAAUUGAUUCCUUAUUUUGAUUCAAGUCUUUGCAAUGAUGCCACCUUUCUAGCUAUCCAAUGGACCUUUCUUAUUCGUAAGAGGUUCUUUCCUACAAGGCCUUCAAUCAACAAGAUCCUUUGGUUCCACCAUGUUGGCAACAUCACUACCGCGAAAUGCGGCUUGAACGUUAUGCCUGUUUCGCAAUACAUUUUGCAAUGUGGCAAGGUUACUCCUCAAGAGAUUCCUAUGGUUUAUGCUAGUCCUUCAGAAGUCUUUGUUGGAUCUCAUGCUGACCAACAAACCUAUUGCCACCUUCUAUGUGGCCUGAGGAAUCUUGACCUUAUAGAUGGAAUUGCAGCACCUUAUUCCUUAGGAUUGGUCAAAGCAUUUACCCUUCUUGAGUCCAAGUGGGAACAACUAUGUCAUGAUCUUGAACGUGGUUUCCCAAGUCAUGAAAUCUCAGAUGUUGCAAUGAGGGAAGCUGUAACAGAAACACUUGGAGGGCCUCAACCUGAAUUGUCAAACAGAAUAAGGCAAAUUUGUGAAGAUAAUGGCAAUGAUUGGAGUGGAAUUGCACAUAGAUUGUGGCGAAAUGUUCGAUUUAUAAAGUGUGUUAGCACUGGAAUCAUGAAGCAAUAUUAUCCAAAGGUAAAGUAUUAUGCAGGAGAAGUACCUGUUAUAGGAGGAGAUUACUUUGCUUCUGAGUGUAGUGUUGGUUUGAACUUAGACAUAAUGCAACCCCCUGAGACUACAAGAUAUGUGUUGUUUCCAAAUACUACUUACUUUGAGUUUCUUCCAUUUAACAUGAAUGAUGAAGGCAAUAACAAUGUUGCUGACGAAAUGUUUGAUCUUAGCAGUGUAGAGGUUGGGAAGAUGUAUGAAAUGGUUGUUACUACUUAUGGCGGAUUCUAUCGCUAUCGUUUAGGUGAUGUAGUGCGAAUUCUUGGCUUCUAUAAUUCUUCUCCAGAAGUGGAGUUUGUGAUGAGAGCACCUAAAGCUGCUUCUGAGAUUCUAACUGAGAGAGACUUGAUUUCAGCAAUUGAUAACUUUCAACUUUCACUAAGAGGCGCCAUGAUGAGAACACAGAUAGUUGAGUUUGCAAGUUUCUUAGACCAAGAAUCAAGGCCGAAGCAGUUGAAGGUGUUCGUAGAAGUUCAAGAGGAAUCUGAUUUCAUGGAGGAUAAACAAGAGGAAUCAAUUAGGACAAUGAGAAGUUGUAUUACCUCACUUGAAGGUAGCUUGGGAGCCUUGUACAAAGUGGAGAAGGUUAAAGGUCAACUUGGGAACUUAAUGGUAUUCAUCCUAAGGCCUGGAGCAUUUGAUAAGUUAUAUGAAGUAGCCAUUAGAAAUGGAACACCAGCUAGUCAAUAUAAACCACCCAAGAUUCUAAGGAAUCAUGAAAUUGUUAGCGUCUUAGAAAAGUAUAGUUUGUGUGAUAUUAGAUGAUUGUAAAUGAAACGAUAUUAUUUGAUUGUUUAAAAUUAUUAGGCCUUGAUGGGGAUAGUUGACACUGAAUAA